AUGCAGGGAGCGGUCAUGAAGACCUGCGCCUGGAGCGCUGCACUUCUGGUCCUGAGGGUGGCUGAUGCGGUUCUGGUCCGCCGAAUGGGCGAUGAGCCCGACAAGCUCCGGGAUGUGGAAGCCAUUACGCCUUUCGGGGAGAAAGCAGAUGGCGUCUCACGGCCCCACCUCGAGCUGGUGAACAAGACCGGCGUUUUGGUCAAGGCCCUUGAUGAGUGCAUCUGUGGCUUCGGCACCUUUUGGGACAGUGAGGGACAGAAAUGUGUUCCUCAGCUCACGAAGGGCGUCACUUGCGGCGGCUUUGCACAAGAAGACUGGCCUUUGGCCUGCCAGGAUGGCCUGACGUGCAAACUUCCUGCAGACUACACAGGCAAGGAGGAUGCUGCCGCACUCAAGCAGGCGAUUUGCCUCGACUGCACCGCGAAUGACAAAUGUCAGCCGGGCCGACAAAUGUGCCAGCGUGUCUUCGCGGUCUCUGGCCAGGCUUGUGCGACAGUCAAGGUGACGGUGCCCAAUGCCAAAGCCACGAUGUCCGUGACCAAGAAUGUCACUGUGAAAGCCACCAGCACCAAGAAUGCGCAUGCUGCCGCCAAGGAGACUGCGACCGUCUCCACGGAGAGCGUGCAGAAGGAGGCAACGGAGACUGCCAUCGCAAAGAUCCCAGACAGCAAAGAGACAAAGGAGGUCUCGGCUACGCGAUCCGCGACCGCCAGCGCAGUGGCGACACGCGAAGCGACAGCGGACAUCGUGGUCCCUUACACGCAAUCUGCCAUCAGGACGGCGACUAUGACUCGCUCAGCGGAUGGCUACGCGCAGGGGAUGGCUUACGCUACCGCCUGUGCUAACCCAGAGGGUCCACUGAGGACCCCUGAUGCGCAGGCCGCCGCCGCAUCCGCUGCUUAUGCCUUGGAGAAGGCCUUCAGACAGGCUGCCAACUUUGCGCUGCAGAGUGCCAAGGCAACUGCCAUGGCUGAUGCCAAAGGAGCAGCGCUGACCACAGCUUCCAAGGAGGCCUUCGAAGCGGCCAAGGAUGCCGCCAGCGAGGUGGCAAAAGCAGCGGCGGUUUCGCAAGCCACUGCUGGAGUCAAGGACCAUGCCGAGAAGGUUGCUGAGGAGACGGCCAAGGCCCGAGCUGUGGCAGCGGCCAAGGAGGCUGCACAGCAGGCAGCCAGCAAAGAUGCCAAGGAGAAGGCCUCAAAGCUGGCGGAAGCCGCAGCCCAGGAGAAGGCCGAGCAGCUAGCCAAGGGCGGUUCGGCGACAGUGGAGGAGGUGAAGCCCGCGAAGCAGGAGGAGAAGAAGUCUGAGGAGCCCGCAAAAGACAUCAAGAAGGACGAGUCUGAGAAGAAGGAAGAGGUGAAGAAGGAGGAGGUGGACAAGGAGGACAUGUUCGCCAAAUGGACAGCCAAUGAUGCCUUGGAGAAGGAGGCUGCCGAAGACAAGAAGGCCGCUGCAAAAGAGGCAGCCGUUGAGGCCAAGGAGGCGGCCAAGGAGGAGGAGAAGAAGGAAGCCAUGGCUUCUGGGCCAAAAUUCAGUGCCCUAUAUGUCAUUUCCCGAAAUAUUCUCACAUGUGGCUGGACUCUGAAAGAGUCUAAUUUCUGCAUCCCGCACCAAGCCAAGGAUGCCUUCAAGAAAUGGGCCAAGGCAAGGUGA